UUCUUCAUCAUCGAUCUAUUAAUUUUGGGGCACAGACCCUUAGGAGAAUACGUCUUAUACAAUCUAAUAUAAUGCAACGCGAAAGUUUAAAAGUUUACAUUACUAUAAAAUUUAUAAUAGAAAGACAGUUAAAGCCAUUGGUUCAUUUAUAGUAUAAAUGAACCAAUGGCUUAAACUAUCUUUCUAUUAACGGAAGACUGCGAAAGUUGCUUUAUUUCCUCGAUUUCCAACUGGCAUUCAGCAAACCACUACACCAUCAAACAAACUACUUGAUUACUUAGCUAGAUAUUUAUUGAUAAUUUUCCAUCUUCAUCUAAGAAUUCGUCUCCUCUUUCAGCUUAAAAAUAUACAAAACAUGAAAUCCAAGAGAGAUUCAUUAAAUUAAUCCUAUAUGUCCGACGCCAUUACCACAAUUUCCUAACUAUAUUACAGUGACAUUAUAAAAAUGUAUAGAGGACUUAAACCAACACGGCUCUGGCAUUUGACAAGCAGAAAACGCUUUCUCCAGUUACUAAAUUCUCGUAAAGAUCAAAUGCCACAAAGAGAUCAAUACCAAUUAUUUGGUCUCAUAUUAAGCAGCGUUAUUGGAAUUGCAUUUACUUAUGGAGUAUUUGCCGAAAAGAAAAAGAUUCAAAGUGUAAUCAGAUCAGAUGGUACUUGUGGCCCUGAAAAAAGUAACAAACCAUCCUGCAAGCCCCCUAAGCAACCUUGCAUGGAAGAGAAACCAAAACCAUAUAAACCUUGUAGAGAUACAGAUAAUUGAAAUAAAAUCUAAUAAAAUUGUUCACUCUUAAACUGUGAAAGUUAUUUUAACCCAAACAUUUUUAAGUAGAUUUUCCAAAUUAGAUGUAGUACUUAAACAUUAUUUGAGAAGAGUUAUUUAAAAAGAAGUUUGAAAUAUGAAAAAGCAGAUAUCUAUU